AUGUCAAACAACGGCUACUAUUCAGAGAUACAGAACGGGAGGGUAGCUGAACAACAGAACGAAAAUCACAGAAACCCAUACGCCUCCAGAACGUCAGCGGCACCAGAGUUCAUGGCAAGCAGACCCUAUCUGGACCUGAACGAGCGCUCAUUUAACUACUUGAGACCACUUUCGUCCAAUAUUUCAGACAACUCUAAUACUUACGUGGACAAUUUGUCUGAAAUACUGUCCACCGCUGGAUUCGAGACACUGCCUAGCGGCAAAAAGUCCGGUUGUCAGACGCCGGCAAGAAAAACAAUGAGUGAAGAUCUAGAGUCACAAAAAGAUGGAUUGAAGAACGAGAAACGCUGGUUUAGUUUCAUGUUCUCCCGCGAGGUGCCUCCGAUUCCAUCUCCUGAAGAGCGCCAACCAUACCCAUGGAAGACCUCCAGCCUUUUAAAUAGAAUGGUUUUCUUCUGGAUUUGGCCUAUUCUUAAAAAGGGCUAUAAGAGAACACUUGUUCCGGAUGAUCUCUGGUACUUGUCCGAUGAUCUUAAGGUCGAAACCAUGCACAAGAAGUACAGAGACAACCUCCACAAGAUCCUACUGAAGCACAGAUCGAAACAACUCAGAAAAGAGGCAAAAUCGAGCAGCGCUGGAAGCCCAGAUAAUCAUACAGAAGGCUCUUCCGGCUCGGAUUGGCCAAUGUGGGCUGUUCCUUAUGCUCUUUUCCUCACAUUUAAAGUUCCAUACUCGCUUUCAUGUCUCUUCCUUGCAUGUUCUUUCGUAUGUCAAGCAUGCUCUCCGUUGAUCACCAAGAAGUUGAUCAAUUUCGUCGAGUACAGGUACUUUGGCGUAAUUGACACCUACAACGAGGGGAUUGGCUGGACCUUGGGCGCUGUAUUGCUAAUCUUCGUCAAUGGAUUACUCCUCAAUCACUUCUUCCACAACGCCAUGGUUGUAGGUGCGUCUGUCAAGCUGAUAUUGACCAAGGAUGUCUUGAUGAAGAGUUUCCAACUCCUGGCACGUUCGAAGAAUAAGUUCACCACUGGUAGAAUUACCUCUUUGAUGAGCACAGAUUUGCUGAGAAUCGACUUAGCAAUUGGAUUUCAGCCACUUGUUCUCUGCUUUCCAAUCCCAGUUGUCAUUGCUGUUGUCUUACUUUUGCACAACAUUGGUGUGACUUCGUUGGUUGGUAUUGGCUUAUUUCUCUUGUCUUUCAUUGUGUGCAUUCUUCUUACUUCGAAAUUGUUUUUCACAAGAGAGACUGUUGUCAAGUUUACUGAUGAGAGAAUUAGUUUGAUGCGCGAAUUGUUAUCCAAUUUGAAAAUCAUCAAAUUCUACGCUUGGGAGUACGCAUACAAGAAAAACAUCAUCAAAGUAAGGGAAAGAGAGAUGAAGCAUAUGUUCACCAUCAAGGUAAUCCGUAACUUUAUUACUGCUUACGCUGUGACUUUGCCCACUCUCACUUCCAUGGUCUCUUUCGUUACAAUGUGGGCCACCAAUACCUCUCAAAGCGCUGGCCAAGUGAUGUCGUCCUUGUCUUUAUUUUCUAUUUUAGCUCAAGCUAUUAUGUUGCUUCCAAUUGCAUUGGCAACUGGUGCAGACGCCACCAUUGGAUUUAGAAGAUGUAAAGACUUCUUGGGUGCCGAAGAAUUGGACUCCGGAUGGGAGGAGAAGAUGCUCGCAGGCGAGAAGAGCGACUUCUAUUUGUCUUCCGAAAAGGAAAGACACAAUGACACCGAGUCUCAAUUUGAUUUCUCUGGAAAUUACUUUCCAUCUGCCUCAUCGUCUCUCUUGAGCGAGAAGCAUUCCUAUGGCUCCACAGCUAUUGAGGUUUCACACGCAAAUUUCGAAUGGGAACAAUUCCAUGAUGCCAACGAUCAACUGAACGCUCUUUGGGAGGAACUUGACGAAAAUUUUGCCCGGAACAAGAAGAUCAACUUGGACUUGGAAAAGUUUCAGAGCGCAUCCGUUAAUUCCCAAACCAAUGAAGACAACUUCAAAAAAGCUUUUGCUGGUCUCAGAGACAUCAAUUUCACCAUUCAAAAGGGAGAAUUCGUCGUUAUUACUGGUGUGAUCGGUUCUGGAAAGUCAUCUUUGCUUAAUGCUCUUGCAGGAUUUAUGAAGAUGACAAACCCUGAGCAGGGCCGGUUAAGUGUCAACUCGGAUAUUCUUCUCUGUUCCAAUCCAUGGAUCCAAAAUGCCACUGUCCGUCAAAACAUUUUGUUCGGCAAGCCAAUGGACAUUGCCAGAUACCAGGCCAUCAUUAAUGCAUGCUGCUUAGAUGAAGAUAUGAGACAACUUCCAUUUGGUGAUCGCACCGAAAUCGGAGAAAAAGGAAUUACCCUCUCUGGUGGACAAAAGGCACGUAUAAGUUUGGCUCGUGCAGUGUACAAUGGUGCCAGCAUUUUGUUGUUCGACGACAUUUUGUCUGCUGUUGAUGCUCGUGUUGGUAGACAAAUUGUCAGCAAUUUGUUUGAGGGCCUUCUUGCUAAUAAAACUAGAGUAUUGGCUACACAUCAGCUCUCCUUAGCCCUGACUGCUAAAAAGAUCAUCUUUUUAAACGGAGAUGGAACAAUCGAUGUUGGAAGCACUGCCGAGCUUAGUGCCCGCAAUUCUGCUUUCAGAGAUUUGUUUGAGUACAGCAGUGAGCAUAUUAAAGUAUCUGACGAGAACGAGCCUCAGGAGGGAGAUGUCAACUACUCGAACGAAGACAUUUCGCCCAACAGCUUGUGUCUUCUUUCAAAUGCUGGUGGCAGCCCUUCAGGUUACGCAAGAGAAUUUGGCGAUAAUGAUGGCGCCUCGCACGUUUUGUCUCACGGAGCUCAGGAUUUGACUGGGUCAGAACGUUUUGGAAAGACCAUUGAGGAUGAGGAUGUCGCAGUCAAUGCUGUGUCAUGGAGUGUUUACAAGAAUUUCAUCAACUUGGGUUCUGGUAUCUUUGGUUACUCCUCCGUGCCUAUCUUCCUUCUUCUCGUGGCAUUGUCAACUUUCUGCCAAUUGUUCACCAACACCUGGCUUUCUUUCUGGAUCGAGAAGAAGUUUAGUGGAAUGCUGGAUACCUUCUAUGUCACCAUCUACAUUAUUCUUGCUAUCAUGACCUUAGUGUUCACCGGUAUCCAAUUCACUAUGUUGGCAUAUAUGAACAAUCGUUCUGCCAAACAGCUCAAUGUUAAAGCCGUUGAGAAGGUUUUGCACACACCAAUGAGCUUCAUGGACACCAAUCCUUUGGGCCGUGUUCUCAAUCGUUUUACAAAGGACACCGACUCUUUAGAUAACGAGCUCGGAGAACAGUUGCGCUUGUUCAUAUUCCCACUUGCCACAAUCAUUGGAAUCAUUAUCUUGUGUAUCUGCUAUUUGCCCUGGUUUGCUAUUGCCGUUCCUUUCUUGGUGCUUGUAUUCUUGUUUUUCACAGACUUGUACUCUGGCUCCUCAAGAGAGGUGAAACGUCUCGAGGCUGUUCAGAGAUCUGUUGUUUACAACAAUUUCAACGAAACUUUGACUGGAAUGGACACAAUCAAGGCAUAUCUGUCUGAGAGUUUGUUUAUCGAGAAGAAUGACUACUUGCUUAACCGCAUGAAUGAAGCCUACUUCCUUUCGAUCGCAACACAGCGCUGGCUCUGUGUCUACUUGGAUAUGAUUGCUGCUACUUUCGCUCUUCUUAUUUCAAUGCUUUGUGUCACUGAUCAGUUCAACAUUUCUGCAUCCUCCACGGGACUUUUGUUGAAUUACGUCAUCCAGAUUGUGGGUUUGUUAUCUUUGACUGUCAGAGCCAUGACCCAGGUUGAAACUGAAAUGAACAGUGUUGAAAGAUUGCAUUCUUAUGCUUUUGACCUCCCUCAAGAGGCUGCAUAUGAGAAGCCCGAGUUCACUCCUCCAGCAGAGUGGCCUUUCACCGGAUACAUCCAGUUUAAUGACGUUUCGAUGCGUUACAGACCCAAUUUACCUCUUGUUUUGAAGGACUUGAACUUCGGAGUCUAUCCUGGAGAAAAGUUGGGUAUCUGUGGUCGUACAGGUGCUGGUAAAUCUUCCAUCAUGACUGGUCUUUACCGCUUGAGCGAGCUUGAAUCAGGAUCUAUCACAAUCGAUGGGUUGGAUAUCAGUCAAAUGGGUCUCAAGGACUUGCGCUCAAAAUUGCUGAUUAUUCCACAAGAGCCUGUCUUGUUCAAAGGCACAAUCCGAAAAAACUUGGACCCAUUCAAGCAAUACUCAGACGAUGUAUUAUGGGAUUCGUUGCGUCGUUGUGGUCUCAUCCCGGAUCAGGAAGUUUUAGAGCGUGUCAAACAGACUCGCUUGCUUGGUUGCAACUACGACACUUUGCACAAGUACCAUCUCGAUCAAAUUGUCGACGACGAUGGAAGUAACUUCUCUUUGGGUGAAAGACAACUUAUUGCGUUGGCUCGUUCUCUCGUAAGAAGUUCUAAAGUCUUGAUUCUCGAUGAAGCUACUGCUUCUGUCGAUUACGCCACUGACGCCAAAAUCCAGCAGACUAUUUCUAAAGAGUUUUCUCAGUCCACAAUUUUGUGCAUUGCUCACCGUUUGAAAACAAUCUUACACUACGACAGAAUUUUGGUCAUGGACCAGGGUCGGGUCGCAGAGAAGGGCACUCCUUGGGUGUUAUACAAACUGAACGGUUUGUUCAAGCAGAUGUGUGACAAAGCGCAGAUCACUGAAGAUGAUUUCCGCAAGCCGGACUUGUAA